AGCGAAAGCUACCGGCUUUGAAACCUGUUAUUCUCUUUUUCGCACGGAGCGCUUCCAAUGAGCUGAGGUGUAAUUACCUUGGCCGUGCGGAAUAACACUUGUUCAAAGAUGUAGUCAGUCCAUAAUAAGUUGAUUCAGAUGGUUCAACAAACAAUAGACUCAAAAUUCAGUGAAUAUGGGAUGGCAAAUACCGAAAAUGACUUACCUACUCAUGAUAAGCAACUGCCUGUUGCUGGAAAGAAGACAGCAUUGAGAGAUUUGCAGAAUGAUAAUAGAAUUAUGGUGCCCAACACUACUGGAAACUCUCCACUUUUGAAGGAUAGAGGUCCAAUUAUUGAUGCCAUUAAAGUUUCUGGUGCCAAGAGGCCCUCACUUGAGUGCCCUGUGAGCCCCCCUCACCACCAGUCUCCUUGCAGCAAUGCUGCAAACGGGCAUCUUGUCUAUGUCCGUAGAAAAUCUGAAGCAGAAUUAGGCAAGAGCGGCACUGGUGAUAGCACAAGCAUUAAUGCUGAUUGCCUGCAGUCAAGGCAACUUGCUCACCAGGAGGAGACCACCCAACCCAAAUCCCAGAUGAAGGAGCCAAAGGUUUCUUGUUUUCCAGCAUUUGCACCUUUUCCAAUGGCAGCAUCAAUAAGCUCGUCUGGAAAACCUUCAGUUCCUCAUUCUCUUGGAAAGCCUGGUAUGAGGUUAGCAUCAGCGGAAUCCAAUUAUCAUCAUGUUGCUUCUGCUGUCCCUUCGUUGAGUAAUCCAAAGGGAUUGAAAAAUCUACAGUGGGAAGAGCCAUAUCAUCAACUGGAGAUGUUAUUAAGAAAACUGGACCAAGCAGAUCAAGAGGAUUAUCUCCAGAUGCUUCGCUCGCUCUCUCCAGUUGAACUCAGCAAACAUGCUGUUGAGUUGGAAAAGAGAUCGAUUCAGCUUUCACUGGAGGAAGCGAAAGAGUUGCAGCGGGUUGCUUCUCUGAAUGUCCUGGAAAAAUCUAUGAAGAAUUUUAAAGCACCCUCAACUCAUCAAGACAGGUUAGAGAAGACAGCAUGAGCGCGGUAGUGUUCAUUUGAUGGUGUGUUGGGCAAAGAUAGUUUGCAAACAACUGAGCUGACUUUUUUCCUCCCACAUGUUUCCACUUGUUUGAUUGGUACUCACUGUAAUAUCCUGAUUGCCAUUGUAUUUAUCCAUGUCCAGUAGUGAGAGAAGCUGUUGACAACAUGUGAAAUCGUUACUGCAUCAACUGUUGUGAGAGACAAAAACUGUUUUAACCGUGAUGCAUAGCUUCUUUUCCGGUUGGCAGUGUCUGAUCAUCCUUUAAUUAUUUUGUAUAAAUGAAAGUUCUUCAGAGACUUAUCUGAUAA